UGGGUGGAUGUUUGGUUGCGGAUGGGAAAGGGGGAAGGAGAGGCACGAAUUUGUCGUCGGUGUAUCCUGUGGCUCCACACGCUCCUGUGGCUCCACACGCUCCUGUGGCUCCACGCGCUCCUGUGGCUCCACAUGCUCCUGUGGCUCCACGCGCUCCUGUGGCUCCACACGCUCCUGUGGCUCCACGCGCUCCUGUGGCUCCACACGCUCCUGUGGCUCCACACGCUCCUGUGGCUCCACACGCUCCUGUGGCUCCACACGCUCCUGUGGCUCCACACGCUCCUGUGGCUCCACACGCUCCUGUGGCUCCACGCGCUCCUGUGGCUCCACACGCUCCUGUGGCUCCACACGCUCCUGUGGCUCCACACGCUCCUGUGGCUCCACACGCUCCUGUGGCUCCACACGCUCCUGUGGCUCCACGCGCUCCUGUGGCUCCACACGCUCCUGUGGUUCCACGCGCUCCUGUGGCUCCACACGCUCCUGUGGCUCCACACGCUCCUGUGGCUCCACGCGCUCCUGUGGCUCCACACGCUCCUGUGGCUCCACACGCUCCUGUGACUCCACGCGCUCCUGUGGCUCCACACGCUCCUGUGGCUCCACACGCUCCUGUGACUCCACGCGCUCCUGUGGCUCCACACACAUGCUUCCGUGCCUUCAAACAUGCCCCAUUCCGCCUUCUCCCCCUGCCACGCUGUUGCACCUCAGCGUACCUCAUCACGCCGUACUCUCCACCUUGCGACUCAAUCUACCACAUUGCACCACAGCUUACCACAUGGCGCCUCAACUUACCACAUGACGCCUCAGCUUACCACGUUGCACCUCAACUUUCCACAUUGUAUGUCUAUGCACUGCCCUGCACCCCAUGUGCACGGACCUCCUUUCCCCAUGCGCACGGCACUGUUACCCCAUGCGUGCACUGGCUGGCAUUGCUUGUAUCAGGUGCGGCGGUCGCGCAUCAGCGACAAGAUGAAGCUCCUGGCGGACCUCAUUCCGGGCAUGGACCGGCAGGUGAAUGCGGCAGACAUGUUGGAGGACGCCAUAGAGUAUAUCAGGCACCUGCAACGCCAGAUGGAGGCGGUGCGCCUGCUGCACCCCAACGUGCGCGUGGAGCCCUUCGUGAGCCGCCUGGACAGCCAGCAGGGGGCUGCCAGGGCCGACGACGCAGGGGAGGACGGCAGGGACUGGGGGCUGGGGGAGCGAGGGGAUGGGGGGGAGCAGAGGGAGAUGGGGAGAGGAUGGAGAAGACAAGGGAUGGUCAGCUUGCAACAAGGUCUCUCGCAGUGGCGGGCAGAGGGGAUGGCGACGAACUUGAGGAUGUGAAGGAUGUGCUUGUGGGACUAGAGGCACGGAAUAUAAGAGAUGGCGGGAGUGGGGAGGUAGGGUGUGGAUAAAACAGACGAUCAACACACUCUGCAGCAGGACAGGUUAAGCCUAUCUAUCACUUGAAUGCAGAGUGUUCAACCUUCCAUGCUGGAUUGAAAUGGUUCUUCUGCAUUCAUCCCCUUUUGGUUGAGCCAGCAGCAACAUUCA